AUGAUUUACGAGGAGGGGAAGUUGAACCUUUCAAGGCUGGCAGAAGUUGGCUCUUACCCAGUGGUCAUUGCGCUGGGGUUUGCGCUGUUCAUGACCCUGGCGGGGGCGGGCUUGAAUGUGACGCUCGCGUCCUACGGCGCGGCCCUGGUUGGCGUCUGCCUCAUCGUGCUGCACGAGGUAAAGCUGCCCUACCGCAAAGACUGGCGACCCCCGGCGGAGGAUGUCCGUACCGACACGCUGUUCCUGAUUAUUGUUCAGGUGGCGCUCCCAUAUUUGCUGGCUAUUACGGUGAUUAUCGGGCUGGCCGGCGCGCUAAAGGCUGGUGGGCUGACCGUCAAUAUCUUCUGGCCCCACAACCUUCCGGUGGUGGUGCAGGUUGCCAUCAUGCUGUUGGCGGCCGAUUUCAUGCGGUACUGGCUGCAUAGAGCCUUUCAUCGACAUCCGCUAAUGUGGCGACUCCAUGCUGUGCAUCACUCACCGCCUCAGCUGUAUACCAUCAACGUAGGAAGGUUCCACCCCGUCGAAAAAUCGAUCCAAUACGUUUUUGAUACGUUGCCCUUCGCGCUUCUGGCCGUUUCCCAGGAGGUCCUCGCGGCGUAUUUCGUCUUCUACGCCCUGAACGGGUUCUUCCAGCACUCCAACUGCCGGGUGUACCUGGGCCCGCUGAAUUACAUUGUCGCCGGGCCUGAGUUGCACCGCUGGCAUCACUCGAGGCGGGCGCGGGAAAUGAACAGUAACUUCGGCAACAACCUCAUCGGAUGGGACACGCUGUUCAGGACGAGGUUUCUUCCCAAUGAACUCGACGUUGAGACUAUUGGGCUUCGCAACCGUCGAUAUCCCCUGGGAUUCCUGGUGCAGAUGAGAAGUCCCUUUGUCCGGGAACUGCUGCCUUGA